AUGGAUAGACUCGAAGCAUCAUUUAUCGCCAACGGAAAGGCGUACGGCCUAGAGGGACCGGAACUCCGUGAUUAUGUCGAAAAGCGUCUGGAGGACGCUAAAGAGAGAGAUAGCAGGGCAGAAGCCAGGGGUGUUGGCAAGGAGGAUGAAACGCUGAAAACCAAGCUGACCGAGCUGACGGCGAAAAUACAGGAGUUGGAAACGAAUCGUGGGGAGACAGAAUUCCGGGAUCGUUUAAGCGAGACCCGCUCGGCCUCACGACCAAAGCCCAUCAAAAUUCCCAAGUACGACGACAAGCAAACUAUUAUAAAUUAUCUGGAAUUGUACGAGGACGUCGCCACCCAGAACCAGUACGACGACGAUGAGUGGCUGAUACGGCUGCGCGUGGCUCUCGCCGGCUCAAAGUAUGAGCGCAGUUGUCGCGGCUGCCGGAGCUACACCGACGCCAAGCGGGAAAUCCUGAAGUCAUACGGACUGACCGCCGAGAAGGCGUGGCGGCAGCUGAUGGCCCUGAGCCAGAACGUGGAAGAGAGUUUCCAUCAAUACGUUGUCCGCGUGUCCCGCGCAGUAGUGUUGUGGUCCAUGCGCACCGUGCGAGACGGGACCGACGACGAGGCAGAAACAGCUUCCUUAGACAGCAGUAUCGUCGAGCACCUGGAUAAGUUCCAGGAAGCCCUGGUCAAGCAGGUAACCUUGGAAACCAGUGGCGUGGAACUGAAAGCGUUCUUGCUGGAACGGCGCUGCUUUGAGGUUGCCCUCGAAGAGUUUCAAAAGACUGGCUCAUCGUACCAAGAUGCACACGGAGUGAAAUCGAAGAAGCAGGAGCGGCCCAAGCCAGCUGACAUGCCGGACUACCACAGCACGCAGAGUUUCGGCAUCGCCAUGACUGAGGCGGAGGAGCACCUGAGCCAGCUGCCAGCCACGGAGCGGAGGUCGUUCUGCCACGCGCAGAACUUGUGUCUCAACUGUCUGAAGCCAGGUCACUGGGUAAAGAUUUGUCGGGCGCGGCCACGGUGCACCCAGUGCAACGGCAAGCACCACACUCUGCUGCACGUCGCGAACCCGCCCGGAAACGGCAUCAAGACAUAUAGCUGUGCUACGUCAUCGGCAGUCCACCUCAUGACUGGGGUGGCUGAGGUGCGCGGGCUAAAGAGGGCCAAGGUGCGUGUUUUCAUUGACCCCGGCUCACAGGGCUCGUUCAUCUCGUCGGCCCUGGCCACAGCAAUUAGGCCGAAGCACGUGGGAUGCGACCAGGUCACCGUGACAGCGUUCGGCACGGAGCCUGCAGUUCAGCAGCUGGAGCGUGUGGAACUGACGCUGACCGGCGCAAGCAAGCCAAUCCCGAUCUUGGCAUGGAAGAAGGACGAUAUGAACAUGUCUCUCCCAACAGUUACGACUGAGGUCGUCAACCAGUGGCAAGAACGAGGUGUGAAGCUGAGUGAUCAGCCUAUGGACGGAACGCCCAGCGAUGUCCACCUGCUCAUUGGCGCCGAUUUCAGUAAUGACAUUCUGCUGGAAAAGACAGUGCACAAUGGUGACGUGGCAUGGAAAACCGAGAUCGGGUGGGUCCUGCUAGGCCCAGACCGUCGUCCUGCACCACCCAGCUCAGUAGUGGUGUCCUGUAUCGAUACGAAAAUCGAACGGCUCUGGCAGAUGGAGCAGCCGCCCAGUGCGCCUACACGCGGACCAGAGUUUCCGGUCGAAAGAAUUGGCACUCAGUACCAAGUCGGCCUGCUGUGGCGGUCUGACAAGCGCCCUGCGGAAAACCUCAGUCAAGCAGUGGCCGCAGCUAGUAGCCUGCUCAAGCGUCUCAAAGGCAACGGGAAGCGACAGCUCUAUGAUGACGUACUACUCCGCGAAUACGGCGAGUUGGGUGCAAUCGAGAGGGAGCCUAAUCCCAACGAACCAGGCUACUACAUGCCACAUCGAGCAGUGUUCAGAGAGAAUGCUGCUACAACCAAGACACGCGUAGUGUUCAACGCGUCGGCGUCAAUGCGUGGCAAAGACUCACUGAACAACCUGCUCGAUCCAGGACCGUCACUCCUGCCAGAUCUGGUCGGGCUGCUGCUCAGGUUCCGCGAGUAUCGCUUUGCUGUCCAAGCCGACAUCAGGAAAGCCUUUUUUAUGAUCGGUAUCCGGGAGGAGGACAGACCAUACCUGCGAUUUGUGUGGCCUAAGGAUAGCGGUGACGAGAUGUGUAUCUGGCGGCUUACCAAGUUGCCAUUCGGCGCCAACUGCUCGCCCUUCAUUCUCAACGCAGUACUGCUGCACCAUCUGGACGGCCUGAUAGAAAACGCUACCUCAGAAGCGGAACGUACCGUGCUAGCGCUGCUACGUGACAGCUUUUAUGUCGACGACACAGUGGUCAGCGUGCCGGACCUCGGCCAAGCGGAACAGUUUAAGGAGCUCAGUGUUGCCGCUAUGCAGAGCGCGGGCAUGGAGCUCAGGAAGUGGCGAGGCAAUGGCAUAGCUAGCGACCCCGAAGCGGGCGAGAAGGUGCUAGGUGUCCCAUGGCAAUCCGAGGAUGAUGUCCUAGGAAUAGCCUCUAUUGGUGACCAUGACGAUAGCAGCAACUCACAGUGGUCUCGGCGUCAUCUGCUUCACUGUGUGGCGUCAGUGUACGAUCCAAUGGGCUUGGCAGCACCUGCAGUGCUGCCGGGCAAGAUCCUGCUCCAGACGAGCUGGAAGCUGGGCGGGACAUGGGACCAGCCGCUCCCCAGUGACGUCGCAGCGAAGUGUACCCAAUGGUGGGGAGGGCUGUCCAACCUGCCCGCAGUAAAAGUGCGCCGCUGGAGCGGAUGUAAGCCCGACUCCAACGUAUCACUUCACGUCUUCGCAGACGCCUCGGAGAAGGGGUACGGAUGCGGCAUUUACCUGGUGACAGACAACACGUCGUGCCUGCUCUUCGGAAAGAGCAAGGUAGUGCCUCCAGCUGCACCCACACUCGCACGCCUCGAACUCCAAGCAGUGUGUCUGGCGUCGCGAUACAUCAAGUUCGUCGUGGAUGCCCUGCGCGUGCCGGUGGAUGGCAUCUAUGGCUGGACGGAUAGCAUGACUACACUGCAAUGGAUAACGAGUCCCCCGUACCGGUGGAAAACAUACGUCGCUAACCGCGUGACGGCUGUGCAACUUACCGCCAAGGAACUGGGCGUCACCUGGAACCACUGCCCCGGCAAGAUGAACCCGGCAGAUCUUGUCUCCCGCGGCACGACGGUAGAUGGCCUCACUAGCAGCGAGUGGCUGCAUGGUCCACAGUGGAUCAUAAACCCAGCAGCAUGGCCAGCAGCGCAGACCUGGGAACCAACCAACAAGCCCACCCCCGAGCAACGCGUCAACGCCGAGCAACGCGUCAACGCCGUGUCCAUCGAGCCGACAGUCAAGUGGUGGGAACGCCUCUCGAAGUGGUCAAGAGUCGAGGGUGUGAUCACCCGCAUCCUGCAAUGGAGACAUACUUCCAAGUCGCGGGCGGAGCUCAAACUCCUCGCAGAAGCAGCGUUGUAUCGAGUCGUCCAGCGAGACCUGUUCUCUGACGAGAUCGCUGCUAUCCGAGAUAACAAGCCAGUGCCAGCCAGCUCCAAGAUCAGUCAACUAAUGCCGUUUAUUGACGAGAAAGGAGUGCUCAGAGCAGGUGGUCGGCUGGAGCUCAGCGAGCUGCCAUACGAAACUAAGCAUCCUGUCAUCCUCGGACAACAUCAUGUGACAACGCUACUCAUGGAACUCGCGCACGUGCAACAGAUGCACAGUGGUGUGGAGAACGUGUUGGCCUCGCUCCGACAAGAUGUGUGGGUACUGGGUGCGCGCCGAGCAUUGCGUAGCAUCACCCAACGCUGUGUGGUGUGUAAACGCUACAAGUCUGCUGCAGCCACAGAAAUCAGUCCUCCACUACCACCCGACCGAGUUGUACACAAGAAGCCAUUUGGUCUGACAGGGAUCGACUACGCCGGUCCGAUAGUGAUUCGGGACACCGAUCAAGUCCGCAAGAUAUGGAUAGCCCUGUUUGUCUGCGGCACAACCCGAGCUGUGCAUCUCGAGACCGUGGACAGUCUGUCUACCGAGGCUUUCCUGCUGGCCUACCGCCGGUUCGUUGCUCGCCGAGGCACUCCGCUUCGCAUACGGUCCGAUAAUGCAACAACAUUCAAGGCAGCAGCAUCGAAGAUCAGCGUUGUCUGGCUGUUCAACCCACCAGCGGCGCCGUGGCAUGGUGGCUUCUUCGAGCGUCUAGUCGGAGCAGUGAAGUCCCCCCUCCGGAAAGUAUUGGGCAAGGCAUUUCUUGGUCCACGUGAGCUCGACACUGUUCUAGUGGAAGUGGAAGCGGUGGUCAACCGCCGCCCACUCACUCAUGUGGCAGACAUCGCAGACGAGCUACCCCUGACGCCAGCUAUGAUGAUCAGUGGAGUGUGGGGUCCUGAUGGAGUCAAAGAUGGUGACGCUUCGCUCACAGCCGAGCAGAUGAAUUCUCGCCAGCGCUAUGUGAACACGAUCUGCAAGCACCUCCAUAACAGAUGGAAUCAAGAGUAUCUGACGGCACUGAUCGCGUAUCAUCAGGCUAAUUCGUCGAGUGUGGCAGCGGGAGACGUGGUGCUGCUAGUGGACGACACUCGUAAGCGGCAGUCCUGGCGCCUCGCACGAGUCGAAGAAGUAUUCCCAGGAAAGGACGGCGCAGUCAGAGUAGUGCGGGUCAAAGUUGGUCAGGCAUCCUUGCUGCGCCCGGUUCAGCGAUUGGUACCUCUGGAGGUGACGCCGUCGCAGGAACCAACGAAUGCUGCAGCCCAAGAUGUAUCGGGAGAGCAACCCGAGUCUGCCCCUGAGAUGCCUGAAACGAGGGUCACGUGUCCGCAGGAGCAACCGCUCCCGGCCGUGCGCACCACUCGACGCGGCCGCGCUGUCCACCCUCCAGCUCGCCUUAAUCUGUAA